AUGGCCAUCGUGGCCGAGGUGACCCGUAUUCUCGGCGCGGCCACUGGCGCCCGCGCGGUACACCGCUGGUACACCGGCCGGAUGUUACUGUCGUCCAGCGACACAGACGACGGUUUCUCCUUGACCCUGAUGGACAUAGGCCGUGUGUACGGCGGCCUUUGCUACUCACUGAUAGCUUGUUUAGACCAUCCGGUAUCCGCUUCCGGUUGGACGUUUUCGGGCCUGGACGGACGUCUCAACCUGGCCCAGCAUCCCACACUCGAAUAUGUCCGGCACCACUGCCACCGCCCCUACGACCAUGACGAAGACGACGAUGAUGACGAUGUUCCGCCGAGCACGACCGUGUCCGAAGACCAAGUGCCGUUCGUAACAGACGUUUUAAGUAUACUAUAUCAUACUAUAAUAUUAUGA